GUAAAUUAGUCUUGUUUUACUCUUGAAAGUAUAAAACAAUCUCUCGCAUUGGCUAAUUUCGGUAUUAUUAUAGUUUAAGCCAUUACACACUACGUGGUAAUAACUACCUCAUUUUGUUCUCACUAUUCACAUAAUUUCUAAUGAUUACACUACUUGUCGGAAAUUAAUAAUAACGCCACAAUAGGCCUGGGAAUGCACAGCGCUCUCAACUUUUUCUAAGUCCACAGGUAAACAUAAAUGGUGUAUUGUUGCCUGAACUUCAGUUGUUUAAUGCUUUGAAUUGUGGGUAGCUGCUGGAUAGGGUCACUGUGUCUAUAAUUCCUCGGGCCAAUCACGUGCUACCACCACUUAACACCACGAGUUGCACCAAUAGGAUGUCUCUAUAAGUACCCAUAAGCUGUGCGGGCAGGUGUGUGCACACCGCUUCCGGUCACUUCCGCCAUGGGUACUGUUGACGUUACUUGUGCUGGUUGCAAAUUUGAUUAUUGGCUCUUCAUCGCUACGUUUCACCGCAAAGACGACUUGUGCUACCAGUUCUUGAGGGAACACGGCGUUUUACCCACUGCAGUCGAGUGUCCCGAGUGCCACACGCCGUGUAAGCUGCGCAGUGACAGGCGUGUGUGGUAUUGCGGCCGGUACCGCAAGCUGCCGAAAAAGAAGCGCAGUAAGCAGUGCAACUUCAGCGUUUCUGACUUUAAAGGAACUUUCCUGGAAGGAACGCAUCUUCCUGCGUGGCAGCUGGACAUGAUUGGAAGACUAUAGAGGAAGAAGCAAAAAAUAGCAUUACUCCCAGGCUGGACAGAAGGAAGUACCUGUUAUAACACAAGGAGACUAUUUAGGCUAUCAAGAGAGGUGAGAGAGAAUGGGAAGUAGUGGUAGAUAAUGGUAGACAAUGCUAGACUCAGUAGUGUGGUAGAGACUGAUAUUUAACCUUGACUGUCACGCUGGAAGAUUUAAGUGUGUGUGUGGAGGCGUUACAAUGAGUGAGGUGAGGCAAGUGGCAGUGUUGGAGUGUGAGGAGUGUGGGAAGGUGAUGAAUAACAAACGGACAUACAGGAAACACAAGCUGAGUCAUGCUGGAAUCAAGAGGUAUGAGUGUGAAGUGUGCGGCAAGAGGCUGACAGAGGGAGGCAGUCUCAAGAAACACAUGCUGAUACACCUUGGGAUAAAGAAAUUCAAGUGUGCAGAGUGCGGCAAACUAUUCACUGAGAAACGCACUCUGAACAAGCACAUCCUGAUUCACACCGGGGAGAAACGUUACAAGUGUGAGGUGUGUGGCCGAGCCUUCACCCAGCAGAGCACACUGACUGCUCACCGCCUCACGCACUCCAGCGAGAAGAACCACAGGUGCGAGGAGUGCGGCAAGACUUUCGCAGUGAAGAGCAGCCUGGAUAAGCACCGGGUCGUCCACACUGGGGAGAGGAACUACGUGUGCAAGGCGUGUGGCAAGGCAUUUGCACGGCGCUCCAACCUCACCAAGCACGAAAUUAUUCACACAGGGAUCAAGAAGUACCAUUGUGAGGAGUGUGGCACCAGUUACUCCCAGCGCUACAACUUAACCAAGCACCUCUCCACUCACAGGCAUGACAGGACAUUUGCAUGUGAGGUGUGUGGGGACACCUUCACCCACAAGACCGGCCUGGCUCAGCACAUGCUCUCACACCCAGAGGCACGUGUCUUCAAGUGUGAGGUGUGUGGCAAGGUGUUUGGCAAGAAGAGCACGCUGAACACGCACAUGCUCAUCCAUGCAGGGGUGAAAAACUUCGCAUGUGAGGAGUGCGGCAAGGCUUUUACGCAGAAGGGGGCGCGGGACACUCACCUCCAGACACACAGUGGCAUCAGGAAGCACAGAUGCGUGGUGUGUGGCAAAGCAUUCAGCCAGAAAGUCUCCCUCAAGAAGCACAUGAUGGUGCACACAAACGCCACAAAAUUCAAGUGCGUUACAUGCGACGAAAUUCUGCCGACGAAAAACGACUUGCAGACACACAGAAAAACACACGUUGCUGAGAACCUAAGCUGUGAGAUGUGUGGUAAAGCCUUUUCUGCCAAAACCUCACUUACAAGACACACACAAGCGAUAAUAGAGAGGAGAUUCGAAUGUAAGGAAUGCAGAAAAGUGUACUGUCGGCGAUCUCUCCUAGCACAGCAUAGAUUAAUACACUCAGACCAAAGCUUAACUAUAUGCAUUGACUGUGGGCAAGUGUAUCCUCAGCAUAGUGGCCUUGUCCCCCACACUUGUCUGCUUGUUCAGGACACUGUGCUAAUUAGGGACGCAGAAAGCUCGGGUGAAGAUGAGGAAGUGAGUGGGGAAAGCAGUGAAGAUGAAGGGAAGAAUAAGGUAGUAGGAGUAUUGGAGAGAAGUGUAAGAGAGAAAAUGAGAGAUAAUAUAGAAGAGGGUAUUAAUGGUGAGAUGAGUGAUGAAAUGAUGAAAGAGGAGAGGAUAAAUGUAGAAAAGGAAAUGAGUGAAAAUGGAGUGAGGAAAGAGAAUAUGGAAGAAAGGAGUGCCAAUAUGAUAAAAGAGGAGAGAAUAAGUGCAGGGGAAAAGGAAAUGAGUGAUGAAGCAGAGAAUCAGGAGAAAAUGAGAGAAAGAGAACAGGAAGAGAAAAUAAAGGUGGAAGAGAGAGAAAGUGAACAUUUAAUUAUGAAGAAAGAAGUGACUGAAGAAAAGGAAAAAUUGAAUAAGGAAACAGUAAGAUGAAAAUAGAAGAGAGAAUGAAUGUAGAGAGAGAGAGAGAGAGAUUUUAACCUUUUCUUAUAUCCUUCCAAAAUUAAUAUUAUUUUCUCUGUUAGUAUUCUCAAAUCUUUAUAUUCUAACUUUUUCAAUCCUUCUAAAGUUAAUAAUAUCUUUUUUCUAUGUUAUUAUUCUCAUAUUUUUACAUAACAUGCUUUUCUCCCUAUAAAACUCAUUAUUAUUUUUUUCGCUACCCAUUAUCACUUUCAAAUCACUAUUACCCUUAGAUUAUAUAUAUUUUUGUACCCUGUUAUCCCUCACUAUCCUAGCAAUAAUAAUGGCCAUGACUGCAUUGUGAUACUUAUUAAUCUUGUCAUAAUCACCAUCAUAUUUUUGUACCCCUAUACGGUUGAGUCAGUUUUCAUCUCCCACGUAACCUGUGUACCUGUAUUUUGUGGUGGUUAGCGGUAAUACUGUGAUGCUUAGAGGUAAAGUAUUAUUAUGAGGUGUGUUGCACUCUAUAACAACCUGGAACUCAAAAUAUUAACUUGUUAUUUUUUGUUUACUUAUCUAGCCAGCUGUUCUUAUUGUUUCUCUCUUCCUAUUCCUUCUCUCACUCUCACUCUCAUGCUCGCUCUCUCUAUAACUCCACCUUUUGAUUUUUUUUUUUCCUAAUCUAACUAUUAUUCUUUAUUUAUUUUUCUGUCUCCUUUUUAUUCUUUACUUUUUAAUCCAGCUGUCUUUGUUCUUCCUUUAUUUAUCUAACUCACCAUUUCCACCAUCUAUCUUAUCCUGACUAGUGAAUGGGUGAGGAAGGAGUAAUAAAAAUGACAGCAACAUUAGUAGUAGUAGUAGUAGUAGUAGUAGUAGUAGUAGUAGUAGUAGUAGUAGUAGUUGUAGUUAGGUUAUUAAUACAGUGAAUAUACUAUUAGGAACAUUUGUUAAGUCUGUUGUUAGGUUCUAGUUAUUAUUAGUGGAGCCAUAUUGUUUGAACUGUUAGAGAGAGAGAGAGAGAGAGAGAGAGAGUGUUUGUGGGGUGAAUUAAGAAAUGUUACAUCUUCUUCGUCGAAAAUUCUGUAUGUGUGAAAUAAACUGAAAUAAAUAUACUGCCUCAA